GGCGCGUGGAGACAGGAGCUCGAGGGGACCCAACCCAGACUGGGCGUCGCGGGGUGCAGCAUGCGGACCGUGUGGUCUCCGCUGGCCGCCGCGCUGGCCGCUCUGGGGAUGUCAACCUACAAGCGGGCCACGCUGGACGAAGAGGAUCUGGUGGACUCACUCUCCGAGGGCGAUGUGUACCCCAAUGGCCUACAGGUGAACUUCCGCAGCUCCCGGAGCGGCCAGAGGUGCUGGGCAGCUCGGACCUCGGUGGAGAAGCGGCUGGUGGUGCUGGUGGCGCUUCUGGCAGCAGGGUUGGUGGCCUGCCUGGCAGCCCUGGGUAUCCAGUACCGGACAAGAACGCCUCCGGUAUGUCUGACGGAGGCCUGUGUCUCAGUGACCAGCUCCAUCCUAAACUCCAUGGACCCCACAGUAGACCCGUGCCAGGACUUCUUCAGCUACGCCUGCGGGGGCUGGAUCAAGGCCAACCCCGUGCCCGACGGCCACUCACGCUGGGGAACCUUCAGCAACCUCUGGGAACAUAACCAAGCUGUCAUCAAGCAACUUCUGGAAAAUGCCACGGCCAGCGUGAGCGAGGCAGAGAGAAAAGCCCAAGUGUACUACCGUGCGUGCAUGAACGAAACUAGGAUCGAGGAGCUUCGGGCCAAGCCCCUGAUGGAGCUGAUUGAGAAGCUCGGAGGCUGGAAUAUCACAGGACCCUGGGCCAAGGACAACUUCCAGGACACACUGCAGGUGGUCACAGCUCACUACCGCACCUCACCCUUCUUCUCUGUCUAUGUCAGCGCGGACUCCAAGAAUUCCAACAGCAAUGUGAUCCAGGUGGACCAGUCCGGCCUUGGCUUGCCCUCCAGAGACUAUUACCUGAACAAGACAGAGAAUGAAAAGGUCCUGACUGGAUACCUGAACUACAUGGUCCAGCUGGGGAAGCUACUGGGCGGUGGGGACGAGGACACCAUCCGGCCGCAGAUGCAGCAGAUCCUGGAUUUUGAGACGGCGCUGGCCAACAUCACCAUCCCCCAGGAGAAGCGCAGGGAUGAGGAACUCAUCUACCACAAAGUCACGGCUGCCGAGCUGCAGACCUUGGCACCCGCCAUCAACUGGCUACCCUUUUUGAACACCAUCUUUUACCCAGUGGAGAUCAAUGAGUCUGAGCCAAUCGUGGUCUACGACAAGGAAUACUUGAGACAAGUCUCCACCCUCAUCAACAACACCGACAAAUGUCUGCUCAACAACUACAUGAUGUGGAACCUGGUACGCAAAACAAGCUCUUUCCUGGACCAGCGCUUUCAGGACGCCGACGAGAAGUUCAUGGAGGUUAUGUAUGGGACGAAGAAGACCUGUAUUCCCCGCUGGAAGUUUUGUGUGAGUGACACGGAAAACAAUCUGGGCUUUGCCCUGGGACCCAUGUUUGUGAAAGCAACCUUUGCAGAGGACAGUAAGAACAUAGCCAGCGAGAUCAUCAUGGAGAUUAAGAAGGCGUUUGAGGAGAGUCUGAGCACUCUGAAAUGGAUGGAUGAAGAGACUCGGAGAUCAGCCAAGGAGAAGGCGGAUGCUAUCUAUAACAUGAUAGGCUACCCCAACUUCAUCAUGGACCCCAAGGAGCUGGACAAAGUCUUCAAUGACUACACGGCAGUUCCUGAUCUCUACUUUGAGAACGCCAUGCGCUUUUUCAACUUCUCGUGGAGGGUCACAGCUGACCAGCUCAGAAAAGCUCCCAACAGAGAUCAGUGGAGUAUGACGCCGCCCAUGGUGAACGCUUACUACUCGCCCACCAAGAACGAGAUUGUGUUUCCAGCUGGAAUACUGCAGGCACCGUUUUAUACCCGUUCUUCACCCAACGCCUUGAACUUCGGUGGCAUUGGUGUCGUUGUGGGCCACGAGCUGACUCAUGCUUUCGAUGAUCAAGGUCGGGAGUACGACAAGGAUGGGAACCUUCGACCCUGGUGGAAGAACUCGUCCGUGGAGGCGUUCAAGCAGCAGACGGAGUGCAUGGUGCAGCAAUACAGCAACUACAGCGUGAACGGGGAGCCCGUGAACGGUCGACACACCCUCGGGGAGAACAUUGCCGACAACGGGGGACUCAAGGCGGCCUACCGGGCGUACCAGAACUGGGUAAAGAAGAACGGAGCUGAGCAGACGCUGCCCACCCUGGGUCUCACCAGCGACCAGCUCUUCUUCCUGGGAUUUGCACAGGUCUGGUGCUCUGUCCGCACACCUGAGAGCUCCCACGAAGGCCUCAUCACCGAUCCGCACAGCCCCUCUCGCUUCCGGGUCAUCGGCUCGCUCUCCAACUCCAAGGAGUUCUCAGAACACUUUCGCUGCCCACCUGGCUCUCCCAUGAACCCUCAUCACAAGUGCGAAGUCUGGUAAGGGCUGAAGCGCAAAGAGCACAGACAGAAAAAGGGAAGGAGCUGCAGUCGGCUCCCAGCGGAGCCAUGCUGCCACCCUCCUCCCAGUCCCUCGGCCUAGGGCCCCUUCCCCACCCUGGAGAGUAUGCAGCCAUCCUAAGCCUAAGAUGGAUGGAGCCUCACCACUCGAAGCCAAGAUUUGACCCCCUGUGAAGCUCCGGCAUCCUGGACACCGGUGCGUGAUGCUAGGCGGGCCUUUGGGUGUGUCAAGCUGGUGGCUUGCCAGCCCUGGGCCUCACACUGACAAUGGCAAUGGGACAUGGCCCCCUGCCCACAUCCAAUGCCAGAUACACCACAAUACCACUGUGUCAAAUGCUUUAAAGAUAUAUUUUUGGGGAGACUAUUUUUUAAGCAUUAUGGAAUACACUGGAAAUCUUCAGGGAAAAUGCAUUUUAAACACUUUUUUUAAAAAAGAAAAGAAAAGAUUAGUAUAUUUAUUAUGUUCUCUUUUUUUCUAAACAACCUGUGGACAAAGGAAACCCCACUAACUUACCCCCAGGGGACCUCAGGCUGCUGAGAAGGCCGCCAGUUUGAGCGAGCACUACUUUAGCCCAUUGCUGGUGAAAUUACUUCUACAGUCACCCGUGCAAUCAAGAGAUGUAGGGGCUCAGGCAGAGGGGGUGACCAGCUGAAGGGCCGGCCUGGUUUAUGGGCGUGACCUUCUCAGCUUACCUGUCCUGUCUCUGGAGUCCAACCAUGGGAACCCCAACAAGGAUGGGCUGAUACCCAAGUUGAUAGUUGUGGCAGCACAAAGGCAGAGUAAUGGCCUCCAUACAAUGUGGCACCCCAACACUCUAGACUAGAACAUAGGAGCCCGUUGGAGCUGAGAACCCACACCCCAUCAGAUGCACCCUGUUGUCCAAAGAUGUCUUUUUUUUUUUUUUUCGGUUCCACCUCUUCUGGCCUUGGGACCCGUUGCCUCUCUGUAGCAAUUCUGACAUCCUGAAGUGGUCAGCUUCACUGACCCUCUGUGCCGAGGGAAAGGGAAAAAAAAAAAAACAACCCAGCCCCGUUCUCCCUCCAAGCUCUGUAGCCCGUAGUUGCCCUGGCCUGGCUCCUGGGACCCCCUUCUCUAGUGCCUUACCCCAGGCUGCAGACCCUGAGCCCCACUAAGAGGCAGCAUUUGGCUUGCUUUCCCAGUGGAGCCCCCAAGUGUCCUGACUAGAAGCCUACACCAUAGCCCCAUUUCCAGAAGCCCCAGGGUACCGCCCCAACCUGCCUACAGGACAGCCAUUCCAGAUAGAUGGCCAGUGUCGGGAGCUGCUGACCUCUCAGGCUUUCAGCCACCCGUGGCAUUGAAUCAAUUCAGUCCUUGUAGAUAGAGGGAUUCGCCUCCCCCCUCCCCCUCUCUGUUUUUUUGGAGGUGGAUGCUGUAGCCAGAGCAGGCCAAGACUGGACCGUUCCCAGCCCCAUUGGGCUCCAGGGAAUGGCGGAACGUCAUCCACCCACAGCAUCAUGUAAUAGAUAUGUGGACUCCCACUAGGUGGCGCUCACCGCAGUUCUCAUGACUCCGGCAGGGAGCAAGCUCUUGUGAUAUGUGUGCGAGAAGGCUAGUAGUGGCCAUUACAGCCCCUGGCAGGCCAUGCUCUCACACCACACAGCACGGCGUGCGCUCACACACACACACACACACACACACACACACCUGGAAGCCGGAGUCCUCCUUGACCAAGACGCAGAGACAAUAUGGUCUCGGCCCCACUUGCUAGGACAGGAACUACAAGCAGGUGCCUGGCAAGGUUCUUGCUCCCUGUAAACACAGUCGAGGUCUCGGCUCUUGGGGGGGUGGGGGGGCGGAGAAGGGAACAUAAGGAAGCAGGAAGGUGCUGGGGCCGUGCCCUGCCACACAAAGGGGGCCUUCUGGGUCUGGAUCAUCUGCCCUUUCUAUCCCAUCGCCUUGCCUCUCCAUAGAGUGGCAGUCCUGGAUACUGGUAUCUAGAAGCGGGGUUCUGAACUGGGUUCAGCCAUAUGGACAUUGCUCAGGGUGUGCAGGGAACCAAGGCAGGAAGACCCAGACUGGUUAGGGAUGGAUGGGCACAAAAGCAGCAUCCCAACCCCCUCCCCUCCAGAGAUUUGAGAAGGGCAGUAGUGGGAAGGGCACCUGCCCUCAGAAAGACCCCUUCUCUCAAGCCCGGAGUUUCCCUGCAGGCACAAGGACAUGGGGUUUGGAGCUGGGGGACUCUUUAUUUUUUUGUAUUAUUGUGUUUUGUGCUACUGUAGUUUGGGUGUGGCACUAUUAUAAUUAAAAUAAAGUACUUAUACCAAG